ACCACUUUUGGUGUCUUUUUACACCAGGCCAUCAUCUCACAUGGACGAGCUGCUUAUUUUUCUGAUCAUUCUCCGAGUAGCAUCCUGCAGUCAUGAUUGGAUCUCUGGAUCAGUGUUGGAGGCAACAGUCAGACCAGGGGACAACAUCACUCUCUACUGUGACUGCAAAUUAUCAAGUGGAGUAUACAUAGUGUGGUACAGGAACUGCUCUCAUGAGAACCAGCCUUCUCUUGUCCUUAAAGUAACCCUUGAAUCGAGGACUAUCGUUGAUGCGGCACGAUUGAUGAACCCCCUUCCUCGUUUCCACUAUGUGAGGAACUAUUCCUCUAACUCCUACGACUUGCUGAUCAUAAACACCACUGACUCUGAUGAAGGCUUCUACUACUGCGGAACUGGACGUAAUAAGGUGGAGGGUAACACAACAAUUACUUCCAGACCUGUUUACAGAUAUGGCAACAUAACAACAAAGAUCCUAUUCAAUUCCAGCCCUCACCUCAGUGUGGCUGACCCAAGCCCUGUGUUUGCUGAGCCCUGGAUGGUGUUCACUAUAGCCUUCACUAUUCUCUCCUCCGUCAUCUCCUUUAUUUUGGUUUAUCACUUCUGUCAGGAAACAGACAAAGAAUCUCAAGUUCUCCAGGAAAGACCAGACACCAGGGGACAAACGAGACGGGAUCAGGAUGAAGAUGCGUGUUUCACACGAGUUGUGUUCCGGGCUAAGGAUGGACAAACACGCCAAUAGGCAGAGGGUGGACGGCACAAGCACGCCUGCUUUACUCAAGCAGAAAACCAAAUGAAGUGAAAUGAUUUCCACUUCCUCUUGUUUGUUGUCCUGUGGUUUAAGAAACGCCUCAAGCAAGUGGGUGCAGGCUUUUGGGCCAAUCUGUUAUCAGGCUUAUAAUCAACCAGACAGCAAUGGUCUCUUUUUUUUUCAAACUUACAUAUAGAUACAUUUUUAGAAACUGUUUAAAAUGUACUUUUCUAACUUUGUCGCAUGUUAAGCUAAAGCAUUGUACCUUGCUUUUAUUACUGAUUAGUUAAAAUGAAAUAUAAGAAAUAGCUGUACUAUUUUACAUGUAGAAAAUGUAAUGAGUUUCAUACUUUUACACUUGCUUAAUUCUUGUUUACAAAUUGUGCGCUAAUAAAAACAAAAUAUUAACAGAGUCAGUAAAAGGCUACCUCCUUAAUAUAAAUUUACAUUAAUUAAUGCAUGUGACAUUUCACUACAUAAUGUGAUUGCUGAUUAAAACAAUAUGUAGUCCAUGUGAUUAGUAAA